AACAGGCCAGGCACUCAUCAAGCUGCUACAAUGCAGACUAACCAAUCAAAUAACUGCACCUAUGCAGAACCCAUAAAUACUACUCCUACGUACUGGUUAUUAUAAGAAAACCCCAUAUGCACCUGAUAUUCUCCCUUCUUCAUAUCUGCAUUAUUGCUAGCUCAAGCUGAUCAUCUGGGCCGUCUAAGACAGUACCAAACCCUAGUACUACUUGAUCUCUCUCUGAUCUCACGUCGAGUUCGAUCAACCAACCAUGGUAUUUACCAAAGAAUUAGAAGACUUGGUUUAUGGCAUCAAGCUUUCCUCGGUCGGGCCGGGAAGAGUGACCGGUUCGGACGUGGUUCAUGACCUGAGUGGGAUGGACAUAGCCAUGAAGUUGCACUAUGUCAAAGUGGUGUACUUCUUUAGCAGCCAGGCAGCCCAGGGUUUAAAUCUGACGCGCUUUAAAGAAGCCACAUUCGAUUGCUUCUGUGACUUCUACUACACAUGUGGUCGACUCCGGCGAUCGGAGUCUGGGAGGCCGUACAUAAAAUGCAAUGACUGUGGCGCUAGAUACAUCGAAGCAUGCUGUGACAUGACCAUUGAUGAAUGUCUACAGAUGAAGGAUUUCUACUCUGAUCUGCAGAAGUUGCUUGUGUCCCAACAAGUCAUUGGGCCUGAACUAACAUUCUCUCCCCCAGUUCUCAUACAGGUUACCCGUUUCAAAUGUGGAGGGUUAUCAGUCGGCCUGAGCUGGGCCCAUAUCCUCGGAGAUGCAUUCACAGCUGCAAAUUUCAUGAACAGAUGUGGCCAAGCCAUGGCCAGACUUGGCUCUAACACGCCAGCCAACUUGCAGUACAAAUCAAACACACAGCACGAGAGAUCCAAAAACCCUCUGCCACUUCACGAUGAACCACUUUCCCUUAAAUGGGUCGACCCGGUCGGAGACCACUGGAUAGUUUCCAAUAACUGCAGAAUGGACACAUUUUCAUUCCAUAUAACUGCAAGCCAGUUAGCUACCUUGCACUCAGAAAUCUCCGGCCGAAACCGAAGUGACCAAGUUCCAAUCUUUGAAUCUAUUUGUGCCAUUAUAUGGAAAUGCAUAGCCAAGGUUAAAUUAGGCGAAGAGACUGCUCAAGCCAGAACAGUGACAAUCUGCAAAAAAGAUCCAAGAAAACCGUCCAAAGGGGUUGUUACUAACACCCAGAUUAUAAGCGCAGUUACCUUAGACUUGUCUGUAAUGGAGACGGACCCACAAAGAUUGGUAACGUUGCUGGUUAAUGAAGCUGUGGAUGAAAGAAUGAAGAUGGAAGAAGUGGUGGAGAGGGAUGAUGGGGUUUCAGAUUUCAUUAUGUAUGGAGCAAACUUAACGUUUGUAGACUUGGAAGAGGCUGAUUUGUAUGGGUUCGAGUUGAAUGGAUAUAAACCAGAUCUUGUGUAUUGUACUGUCCAUGGCGUUGGAGACGAAGGAGCAGUCUUUGUGCUCCCGGCAGGGCCAAAAGGGUCUGGCCAGGCCAAUGGUGACGGAGGAAGGAUGGUGACGAUAAUUUUUCCAGAAAGUCUAGUGCCGGAGCUGAAAGCAGAGCUGGCUAAAAAGGGUCUAGGACAAGGAGACCAUGACCUGACCUGAGGGUACUGUUCUCAAUGUCCCGGCGAACAUGUUAAGGGAAACCGUGGAAAAUGUUACUUUGCCUGCUAGGUUUGCUCUGGAUUUGAGCGCCGUUGUAUUUUAUUUUAUUUUAUUUUAUUAGUUUUUUUAAUAUUUAAAAAUUUAGUAAAAUAAAUUUGUAUUUAAAAAAAAUAUAUAUAUAUAUAUUUAUAAAAAAGACAAAAUGUCUAGCGGUCACGCCGACA